AUGGACGCGCUGAUUGGCCAGCUGGAGGACGUCGAGCCAGACAACAUCCUCAAAAGUACGGAGGAAUUCAAAAACGACAAAUCGGACGUCAAAGUAAACCUAUCGAUUGGAGUGUGCUGUGACGAGAAUGGAGAACUACACAUAUUUAAAAGUGUCCUUGAGGCAGAAAAAUUAGUACAGCAAAAGUACAAGGAAAAACCAUACUUGUUAAGCAACGGGACGAAGCCAUUUUCCCUCUUAACGCAGAAACUGAUCUUUGGAGAAAAUUCAAAAUAUAUGAAGGAAAAAAAAAUAUGCACAAUUCAAGCAAUAGGAGGCACAGGCGCCAUUUUCAUAGCUCUGCAAUUAUUUAAAAUGCUUCACAUGCAGGAAAUAUGCGUAACGAACAGCCCGUAUAUAAACCACGUAAACAUGAUAACUUCCUACGGAUUUAAAGUUAAGUACAUUUCUUUUUUUGAUAACAAAUUGGUGAAUAUAAAUUAUGACGCCUUUUUAAAUGAUUUGCGAAAUUUGGAAGAUGGGUCUGUUGUCAUUCUGCAGGUUUCCUGCUACAAUCCUUGCAGCACAAACAUGGAGGAAAUUUAUUUUGACCAAAUAGCAGACAUUGUUUCGAAAAAAAAACACGUAAUUGUUUUUGACGUCGCUUACCAAGGAUUCGGAUCCUCCAAUUUGAAUGAUGAUGUGUCCUUAAUUAGAAAAUUUGAAGAGAAAGGAAUAUCCUUUGUCGUGUGCCAAUCGUUUUCAAAAAAUAUGUCCCUCUACGGGGAACGAGCUGGGGCAUUGCACAUUAUCUGCAAAUCGAAAGAGGAGAGAAAAAUUGUGGCAAAUAAUCUUCGCAUGAUUACUCGCAAAUUUUACACCUCCCCCACGGUUCACACGAAUAGAAUUGUUUGCCAACUUUUGGAAAAUGAAAAAUUAAAAUCCGAGUGGAUAAAUGAUUUGCGGGAAUUAUCUGAACGUGUUCAUAAAAAUAGAGUCCUCUUUUUUGAGAAAAUGGAAUUUUACCAGAAAAAAUUUGACCUGCAUUACGACUGGAGUGUCUAUAAAAAACAGAGAGGGAUUUUUUCCUUCGUCCCCGUAUUCGCUGGAAUUUACGACAUGCUGAAGGAGCACCACGUCUACAUCAUCGACAGCGGGCGCAUAAACGUGUCUGGCAUCACCGCCCGUAACGUGGACUACGUGGCUGAGAAGGCGUGUCUUUGCCUGGCGGUUAAGCAGAAGGGCCAAGUGGCAAGUCAAGCGUAG